AUGGCACAGAACGUUUCGCAAGUUUCCGAUCCCCCGAAGCAAGGACCUCAGUCGCAACCUGGGUUGCAGACCGAGAUGACCCCACAUCCUAUCAACUAUGAUAUGGUGGGCGGCGAAGGACACUUGGAACCAUACAAGGCUGGUGGAAAAUUGCAGGGUAAAAAAGCGUUGAUCACAGGUGGCGAUUCUGGCAUUGGUCGCUCGGUUGCCUUCUUAUAUGCCAAAGAAGGCGCUGAUGGCAUUACCAUUUUUUAUCAUCCUCGUGAAGAAAAGGACGCAGCAGACACGAAGAAGGACGUGGAGGGCAGCAACGCAAAGUGCAAGGUGCUCACAGUAUCUCUGGAUGUUGGUGAGGUUGAGCUGGUCAAAAAGGGUAUCCAGCAGCACGUCGACAAGUUUGGGCAGAUUGAUAUCCUUGUGAACAAUGCUGCCGAACAGCAUGUCGUCCCAUCUAUUGAAGAUCUGCCUGAGGAGCAGAUUGAGCGAACCUUUAAAACUAACAUUUUCGGCCAAUUUUAUGUAACCAAAUAUGCACUUCCACAUAUGAAGCCUGGUUCUGCAAUCAUUAACACAACGUCCGUAACGGCAUAUCGUGGAUCUGCCACACUGUUGGAUUACUCUUCAACCAAAGGUGCAAUUUUGGCUUUUACUCGCUCACUAUCACAGCAGCUUGUAUCCAAGCAAAUUCGAGUCAAUGGUGUCGCACCUGGCCCUAUCUGGACACCGCUGAUUCCCGCCUCGUUCCCACCUGAGAAGAUUGAAACAUUCGGCAAACAAGUGCCUAUGGAGCGUGCGGGACAACCAAGUGAAGUGGCUACAGCAUAUGUCUUUUUAGCAUCGCCCGAUUCUAGCUACUAUACUGGGCAAGUCUUCCACCCCAAUGGCGGUUCCGUUCUCAACACAUAG